AUGCUAGAUCCUAGGCUACAUUCAAUCUGGAUAAAGUUUUUCCGGGGAAGUGCGGGGAUCUCCACGGGGAGGAUCUCUUGUCCUGGAAAGCUUCGGGGUAUUGAAUACCGAGCCUCAUUGAUUAAAACUUGUCUUUUCCAGUCCAUAGUGAUACUUUGGAGAGAACUGGGUGCCAUCUGUGGAGCCGACAACCCUCGAGCAACAUGCAUCGCCAGACCCCAGCCUAACAGCACGGACGACACCCCAGUCAUUCUCGAUGCAUUCAAACAAUGUGGACAAGGAGGAAACAUCAUCUUCCCAAACAAAACUUACCACAUCAACACCGUCAUGAACACAAUCGGCCUGAAAGAUUGCCAGAUCGAUUUAUACGGGACCAUGCUAUGGGGUACAAACAUCACCUACUGGCUCGCCAACUCCCUCCCCUUAGGCUAUCAGAACCAAUCCUCCGCCUGGUUUCUCGGCGGCACCAACCUCACCUUCCGCGGCCACGGCCACGGCACCCUCGACGGCAACGGGCAAACCUGGUACGAUUUCGUAAACGGCGUAUCCAACUACCCAGGCCGACCGCACGCGCUCACGAUAUGGAACACCACCGACUCCGUGUUGUCAGGGUUGAGAUUCGUACAGAGCCAGAUGUGGACAAUGACUAUCAUCCAUUCUCAGCACGUGCUCCUAGAAGAUAUCUACGUAAACAGCACCUCCCACACCCACUCCCCAGCCCGCAACACCGACGGCGCAGACACGAUGUUCAGCUCCCACAUCACCUUUUCGCGCUGGACGGUCGCCAACGGCGAUGAUAGUAUUUCCCUCAAAGCUAACAGCACUGAUAUUUCCAUCAAAGACUCUGUGUUUUAUAAAGGACUCGGCGUGGCGAUUGGGAGUAUAGGGCAGUAUAAAGAUGUUUUCGAAUUAAUAGAGAAUGUGUACGUGGGUAAUGUGACGUGUGUCGAUACCGCAUACGCGGCGUACGUGAAGACGUGGACUGGGGAGCAGGCUGGGUAUCCGCCUAAUGGAGGGGGUGGGGGGUUGGGGUAUGCGCGGAAUGUAACUUUUACGAAUUUCCACAUGCGGAAUUCGACGAAGAAAGGAGUGUUCUAUAUCACGCAAUGCACGACGUUCUCUGGUGUAGCGGGGGAUUGUAAUAGCUCGUUGUUUAAUGUUAGGGAUGUACGGUUCGAGAAUGCUACGGGGUUGGUGGGGACGGAUUAUGUGGCUGAUUUGCAGUGUAGUGCUGCAAGCCCUGGUGAGGGAAUUGAGAUCAAAGGGGUGGAUUUGAGAGAUGAGGAUGAUGAGGUGGUGGGCAUGUAUGAGUGUGAGAAUGUGGUGGAUACGGUGGGGUUUAGUUGCUGAGUGAGAGAGUUCGGAAGAAGAGAUUUGGGAGUAUAGCAGGAGUUUGAUGUUGCUUGCGACUCAGAGCGAUACGGCUCGGACGGAGCUGUUCGAUCGAAGCCGAACUGAUCGAAACUAUCCUACGAGAAUGCACUGAAAGCCCUCGACGCUGAAGCUGGUAUGAAAGCCAGCGAGAAAAGGGGAGGCGACUAAGUCACGUGAGUCCAUAUAUCUCGGGUUUCGAAAGAGG